AUCUGAUAGUAGUCGCGCGGCAAAGCCUUGUCUGGCAAACGCCCCCAGCCUUCUUCUCCCACAGCCGCCGCCGCCGGCCUUUGCGCUGCCCGCAUGAUGGAUGGAUGGAUGACCUUACAUGUAUGUACCUACUUUCUGCUAAUGUAGGAAUCCCCAGAAUCAAUAAAAGACUAAGCUUGCCCGUCAGCUGAGAUUCCCUCUCUCUCCUUUUUCUCUCUCUCCUCUCAUUCUUCCAUUCUACAUAGUAAUACUCACUCCGCUCUUGUUGCAACACCUCAUCAAUCUCUCUUAACCAACCACCAAACUACAGCCACCCACCAUGUCCGCCCAAGACUACUACGCCAGCGCCUCCGGAGGCAGCAGCAACGGUUAUCCUCCUCAGCAGCAAUACGGCCAGCAGCAGCAGCAGCAAAGCUACCCCCAACAGUAUCAAUACUCCCCACAGCAGCAAUACAACCAAUACCCCCCUCAUCAACAACAACAACCACAAUACCACGACCGCAGCACAUCCCCCUACGCCCAGCCUCACUCCUCCCAAUACCAGCAACAAUACCCCCCCGCUGCGCCUCCUCAGCAGUACCACCAGCAGCAGCAACAGCCAUACGGCCAGCAGCAGCCAGGGUAUGACCAGCAGUACCCCGGCGCCGGAGUCGAUGGAGGCCCCGACGGAGAGCGCGGCCUCGGCGCGACCCUCGUCGGCGGCGGAGCGGCGGCUUUCGCAGCGAAAAAGGCCGGCGGAGGACUGCUGGGCAGCCUGGGCGCUGCAGCCGCCGGAGCCAUUGGGGCGAAUCUCAUUGAGAACGCAUACAAGAAGCACAAGGAGGAAAAGAUGUACAAUGAUGGCGGACACCAUGGCCAUCACCACCAUUCGCAUCAUCAUAAGCACUAGAAUGAUUUGAUGAAGAAUAUGACAUUGCAUGCCUGCUACAUACGUAGAUUAUGAUUGGGGGAGGGGCGUUUUUGAUGAAUAUAUAUAUAUAUCA